GUGCACUGGGAGAAGGGGAGCAGCCCGGUCUAGCAAAUGAGAAAAUAGAGAAGUGGGGAGUCCGACGGUGAAUUUUACGUCAAGCAUGAGAUGUGGGCGUGAAGCAGGGAGAGAAAAAACACGAGGCAUUACCGCCUUCUCUUAACGGGGUGCACCAUUUCACUCCUCUGCGCCUUACCGCACGGGAACAUCGUACAUACUUUCUGAAGAGCUGCUUUUACUAAACGGCGAUGUUCAGCGCUCACAUUUGGCAAUCUUUUCCACUCCAAACUCUCUAAAAUUGGUAUAUACUCCAAUGGUUUUACUGGACGUAGGAUGGGAUUAACUUUGACCGGAAGAUAUAUUUCAUUGUUUCUUGCUGUUCAAAUAGCCUAUUUGCUGCAGGCGGUUCGAGCGGCAGGGAAAUGUGAUACAGUGUUCAAAGGUUUCUCGAACUGCCUGCUACGACUGGGAGAGAACAUGGCCAACUAUCCACAGGAGCUGGACGAGAAUGAAAACCUUCAGACCAUCUGCACUUACUGGGAUGAUUUCCAUUCAUGUGCGACCACUGCUCUGGCAGACUGUCAGGAGGGAGCCACAGAUCUGUGGGAGAAGCUGAAAAAAGAGUCCAGAAAUCUGGACUUCCGCGGCAGCUUGUUUGAACUGUGUGCUGGUGGAAACGGGGCGAGCCGGUCAGCGGUUCCGUACGGCUUAACGCUGAUCCUGACUGCACUGUCUACGCUCGUGACGUGGAUUCAGUUUUAACCCACGGGGAAGGAAGAAAACAACACAACACACUACAAAAAAAUAAGAGAAGAGACGAGGAAAGACAAGGAACCCCAUCAACACAAAAAAUAAAAUAAAAAAGAAUAACGAAGGUCAAAAUUCAUGCUCACACAAAUGGAUUUAUAUAUUUCAUCUGGAGAAAAGACGAUUUUUGCAGGAGACAAUGGCGACCAGAGGUCUUCUGGGAAUGCUCAAGCACAUUUGCCUGACUCUGGGUCGAUUUCAUUAAAUAUUUAUCAGAUAUUGAGUUCAAAUGACGGCCUGAAUUUAUGAAAGGUCCUGGUUAGAAUAGCAGCAUUUUAUAACAUUGCCGUCUGUUAUGUAUGAAUUAAUACUGUAGGCUCUUCACAUGGUCGUCAUGCAUAUAGAAAGAUAGGAAAUAUUCUUUCAUCGAACUGGUUUAGAGUUCUCCUUGUUCGCAGACCUACGUUUGCUUUUUCACAAUGUUCAAGAUUUACUUUUCAUCUAUACAUUUCGUUUAGUCAAGCCAAGUAUUUGAAUGUGUGAGGGGGUUAGAAAUUUCGCUGACCCUCGAAUUCAAAAAUAGGCCUACAUGGAGAACAUCUCUAAUCACAAUGCUAAUAAUAUAAAUAAUAAUAAUAAAGAUAACAAUAAAGAAACCUCAGGAAAGACUACAGGCAUCUACUUAGUGGAACACAGAGAAGAAAUAAAUCAGAUUUUAGAGGGAGUUUUAUUAAUAAAAUGAACUUAAGCAUGUCAUAUGUAGCCAGGAAAAGAGUCUGAGUUGAGUGUUGACUGUUGCCAUUCUUUUCCAGAAUCCAGUGUUCAUAGAAGAAAAUCUAUUUCAUUUCAUUUCAAAAAGAUUUAUCUCUUUCUAUGUAGGAAAUAUAAAAGUAUAAGGGUAACACUUUACAUUACAGUGUCACUAUUACACAUAACAUAUAGGCUAACAACGUGUAACAGUGAGCAGCUUCUGAAAUAAUGACACAUCAAGUACAAGCAGUUCAUUAUUAUGACGCAGUGCUUACGUAAUUACACACUGCAAUGUAAAGAGUGGCCAGUAUUUCUCCCGACAGUAUCGUAGCACGACAAUAUCAGGACCUGUGACAUUACUAGUUGGAUGAAGUGCAUUUUGCUAGCUUUAUUUGAUGUUGCCAAGGCAUAGACCACGUUUCACUGCCUUCAAAAGAUGUGUAUUUUGUUUGUUCGUUCGUUUGUUCGUUUCUGGGGAUGUUGCAUAUGAAAUACCUGAAUAUUCAAAACCAUACAAGUAAAUAAGAGAUGUAUGUGAUAUGAAAAAGAGAGAUACUUUAACCGAUACAGUUUUAAAACAGAUUGAUUAUACAGGUAUAUAAAAAUAGACUGCUAAAAAGAAGUAUUUAAAAAGUAUUAAAUAAAAACAGUUACUGUUUAAAAAGA